UAGUCAACAAAUUAAAUGGGAGGAAUCGCAAAAACGAAUCAACAAAGAGAUGGAUGACCUUAUAGUUUCAAAAAGCGAAGCCGAAAACUUGGCGCGAAAUGUCCAGAAACUGUCAGAGGAAAAGGAACAUAUAGAUAGCGAAUACAAAAUUGCACAGGAAAAAUUAUUAUCUGCACAAGCAAAAUGUGAUAAUUUGCAAGAACAACUUGUUUCUGUGAGCGAAAAAUAUUCUAAUGCCUUAAAAAAAUCGUCUGAAGAGCAUAGCAAAUUCGUUGAAUCAAAUAAGACGUUGCAAAAUAAGAUUACAGAGCUAGAAGAUGGGAAUAGAAAUCGUUUGGCAGAAAUGGAAACACUUACGAAAGAAAUUCAGGCGCUGAAAGACCAGCUCUCCGUUUUCCAAGCAAGCGAUCAAGGCAUCGAAAUUGUCAGAUUGAAGACUGAAUUGGAAGCUAAAGAAAAGGAAAUUGUUAAUAUACGAGAUGAGUCUCAAACCUACAAAGAAUUAUACGAAAAAUAUCAAACGGAAUUAAAAAAUAAUGAGCAAAUAUAUAAUGAAUUAAAAUCUGCUGCAGAUGAAGAACGGGAAGCAAAUCUAGCCUCGAUAAAAAAACUUCAAGAUGAACUCUAUCCUGUAAAGGAGGAACUUGAUCAGAAGAUUGAUGAAUUGCGUAGUAAAGAUCAAGAGCUUACAACAGCACGUAAUGAAGUAGUAAAAUUAGAACAGAUGCUAAAUGAAGUUCGCGCAAACUCUAACAAUGAAAACCAUCAGCUCCGUGAAGAAAUGACUAAACAAGAAAAAUUAUUAGAAGAAGCACAAAAUAAAUACAAUCGUGAAGUGCUUGUUCAUGCUGAAGAUGCUCAAUCUAUACUCGCAUUAAAUUCAAGACACGCGCAGCUGAAAUCUGAAUUCGACCAAUUGAAGAUUCAGUUACAAAAGUCAGAAGAACUUUGGAAUGAUGAAAAAGAUAAACUUGAAAAAGAAUUGGAAAAGACACUUCAGCGAUGCAAUGAACUUGAAGAAAGCAAUAAAACGCUUCAUGAAUACUUUGAUGUUGAUUCUGGAAGGACUGUGUCCCAAGACCAAAUAAUUUCACUUUUGCGUAUGGAAAAAGAAAAGGCAGAAACCCAAAGAGAAGCACUCGCACAACAAGCCGAAAGAUAUAAAGCUCAAUAUGAGCACACUCAAAAGUCACUGGAUGAUGUGCGUGCGUUGCUCAUUCAGGAACGUGAGCAAACAGAAAAGGGUGGACCUUUGGAGAAAUUGCAAACAGAGCUUUCAGAAAAAAAUACUCAAUUAAAACUCCUUGAAGAAAGCAAUCAGACAUUGAGAGCUACAAGUGAACGAUUAGAGAAACAAGUUGUUACGGCGCAAUCUUCGUUGAAAGAAGCAGAGGAAAAAAUACAAACAUUAGAUGAACAAAUUAAGAGUCUACAACUUGACCGAGAUAGUUCCGCCCAAGAAAUGAGAAUACUCAAAGAGGACAAAGAACGGUGGAAAAACCGAUUUCAAACCGUGUUACAGAAAUAUGGUAUCAGCGAUCCUACCGAAUUGCAAAAUUUGAAGGAUAAUUUGAAAUCCACCACGGAAGAGCGUGAUAAACUUAAAGCAGAAAAUGGUAAAAUACGGAACGAUUAUGCCUUGUCAAGAAAACAG